AAGAGGACGGUAACCGUGCGCGCUUUUCAACACACACACACACACUCUGUGAGAGACACUUUUCCACCAAGCGUUUUUCCAAGUUCAAGUGUUUCAAAAAUAUUACUUUCGAGUGCGUUUCUUUUUUUUUUUCUGUGGUGUUUUUACGACGUACGUGCUGCGAUCUUUCGUUCAUGGCUGGCGAUUGAAAUUGUGAAGGUCAGCGCGUCGUCGCGAUCAGACUUUGAGAGUGUUUUUGUGUUUGUGUUUUUAUUGAAAACCAGAAAAGAGAUCAAAGAUUAAAGAUUAAAGAUCCAUAAAGAUUCCCGUUUAGCUAAGCCAUUAAGAACUUCAAACGUUACAGCCAUAUUUAAAGACCAGACAGACAUGACUUUCCCAUGCAGCCACUAGCGGCAGUUCAGCAGCUCAGCAAUGUUGGCUGCUGGCGGCAGUGAGAUCAGUGACUUUGGCCAAAACUCGCGGCGUUUAUCGGUUGGCACCACGCCCAAGCGACCGCACAAAGCCACCAGCCAUCGUCCUGGCUCAAUGACAACUGGCUGCACCGGCGGAGCCAGCAGCGGUAACGGAGCUCCAAGCUCUAAAGGAGCAGGCGGAACUGGAGGUGGAGUUGGAGGCGGCGGCACUAGCACGAUGACUGCCACCACUGUGACAGCGGCAACGACGGGCAAAGCCACUGUUAGCCAUGGUCAUGGUCAUGGCCAUGCCAAUGUUGCGAGAGGAGCACCACGCAGUGCCGGUGCCAAUGGACGGUCCAAUGUGAACGGAUUCGUUGGCGGUAUUGAGACCUAUUUGGGCCUUAUUGGUUGGCGUAAAAAGUGCCUGUACACUCUGCUAUUGCUACUAAUGCUGCUCAUCAUCACAAAUCUGGUUCUAACCCUUUGGAUACUGAAAGUGAUGGAGUUCUCAACGGAGGGCAUGGGUCAGCUGAAAAUCGUACCCGGUGGCAUACAGUUGUCGGGACAAGCGAUAAUUAUGGACAUGCUGCGUGCAUCUACAAUCCGUUCGCGGCACGGCCAGCCCAUCUCGAUAGAAUCAUCACGUAAUUUUUCAAUCAAUACACGUGACCCGAAUGGUAUGAUUGAGAAUCAUUUAUUUCUGGGACACGACAAGUUCGAGUGCCUGUCCGCGGGUUUUCGCAUAAACGACACCAACGGACGCAGCCUUUUCUCCGUGAACCGCAAUGAAGUCACAAUCGGAGCUCAUGCCCUGCGGAUCGACGGCGAGGGCGGUGCCGUCUUUCGAGAGUCCGUUCAGACACCUCAUGUACGGGCCGAGCCCGGACGGGAGUUAAGACUCGAAUCGCCAACCCGCCAAUUGGAGAUGACGGCGGCCAAGGACAUCAAUUUGCAAUCGCGGGCUGGAGGCAUAGAAGUCGUUGCCCUUGAAGACGUCAAGUUCCGAGCCCUCGAUGGGAGCCUACGUCUGGAGUCCUCAAAGAUACUCAUGCCCAAUCUGCGGACGGCUCAGCCGCCCAUUCUGGGCACUGCCCAGAGCCGGGAUCAUAUGCAUCGCGUCUUCCAGCUCUGCGCUUGCUCCAAUGGCAAACUCUUCCUAGCCGCUCCGCAUUCAAUAUGUGCUGGUGAUGAUUCCACGGUCUGCAGAUGAUUGCACGACACUGCACGAUGGCACACAGCCACAUCCACAUCGUCCACAUCGUUCACAUCCAAUAGAUCCGGCUAGGAGGAGGGAGGCUAAGCAAGAUCAUAACCUAUAGAUAGAUGUAUGCACCACACCACACCACACCAUACCACAGGCAUUGCUAAUUGUAACAUAGAAACGGUAUAGAAACCAAAAUUAAUGGCAAACACAACGUACAUCCGGCGUUCAUAAUCGUUCAUAGCCCAAACCCCCGCCCUAAACAUACCAUACUCUCGAGGGAAUUUGUACUCAAACUCGAUGGACAAAAUCAAGAGCUUCUUAGACACUUGGAUGUUGUGUUUUAGUAUAACGAAAAAGGCAAUUCGGAGACUUAGGCACUUUACCCCCCUCCCCCACUCCCCCUAUAGACAUAUACUAUCUAUAUAUCAACCCAAGCAACUAACUAACUAAAGGAGUAAAAUACAUAUAUAUAUAUAUAGGCGAAAGUACAUAAACCAUAAACGAAAGUAGAUCGUUAAAUCCCUUCAACUAAGUUGGAAGUCAGAAACAGAUUUCUUAGCUAGCCUGCCUUAUCAAGGGAACUUAAAGCCCUUCUAAAGUCCCAGCUUAGGCUGAAGGAAAGUAUUUCUUAUAGUUUUUCCAUUUCCCAUUACCACUUACCCCUCCCCACAAAGCAGUCCAGAGAUAUUGUACAUAAGACUGUCUAAAACAUAGAAGAAACCCUUAUGCCAUUGCCUCCUCUCCCUCAAACUGCAGCAAUCUGUUAGUAAACUGAAAUAGCACGUAACUCUAACUGUAAACUGUAACUCUAAAACUGUAAACUGUAAACUGGUAACUGUAUUCUCAUGUAGAUAAUAAUCUCGCAAUGGAAAGGAAAGUCUAGAGAAAUGUUUAUAAUAAUAAUCAAGAUCAGAAAUAAUCGAAAUUCAAAACCAAAAACCAAAAACCAAAACACAAUACGAAGACAAUGAAAUAUCAUCCAAUGAAUCGCAAAAGAGCUAUUUAUACCUAUACAUACAUACCUAUAGAUGAUCACAGAUACAGAUACAGAUACAGAAUAUGAAUAUGAGUAAAAGAUACGAUUAAAAGAAUAUCAUUAUGGCUAUAUAGAUAUCAUUAUGGAUAUGAAUAUGAGUAUAAAAUAUGAUUAUUAAUAGAGUUGAAUAUGAAAUUGCCGUUGAAUUUGUCAAGUGUGAGAGCACUGAUAUAUAUAGAUAUAUAGAAAAUAUAUAUAUAUAAAAAUAAACAAAAUAAAUAUAUAUAUUAAAAACUAACUAAAUAAAUGUAUAUGUAUCUGUAUGUAUGUACACCAAAUGCAAAUGCUUUUAAAGGGCCAUUAAGUUGUAAUUUGUUGUUGAUUUUUUUAUUUUUUUUAGCACGAUUUAGGAAGAACAUAAUGUUUAUAUACAUAUAUAUAUAUAUAUAUAUAUAGGAGAUAAAGGGGAAUACGAACGAAAUCUUUAUAUCACAUAUAUUGUAAUACCACAAAAUAAUAUCUAAAAAAAAAAAGAAAAGAAAAGAAAUACAUGCGUAAAACAAAAAACCAACCAACUAACUUAACUAAAUCUAUUCGGAAAUCAAUG